AUUAGCCUCGAUAGGUAAAUAAUGCUAUUUGACUUGGUCGACGGAACACUAUCUGAUCUUCUAAAAAGUUAUAAACAGUGAAAAAUAUGGGGUGCUUGAGUAGUAAAGACCGUUUAACCAAAGAAGACAUGGAGUUCUUAAAAACCCAUACGAGAUAUGACGAGGCUACUAUUAAAGAGUGGUAUAAAGGAUUUAAGCAAGAUUGUCCCAACGGCCGAUUGACGCCAGCUAAAUUUGUCGAUAUGUAUAAAAUGUUUUUCCCAUCCGGAAAUGCGGAAGAGUUUUGCGACCAUGUCUUUCGUACAUUCGAUAUGGACAAAAAUGGAUAUAUUGACUUUAAGGAAUUUUUACUCGCAAUAGAUGUAACUUCAAGCGGAACACCAGAGGAAAAGUUAAAGUGGGCCUUUCGAAUGUACGAUGUCGAUGGCAAUGGUGUCAUAGACAUACAAGAAAUGACCAAAAUUGUUCAGGCAAUUUAUGACAUGCUAGGAGCGUGCUCAUCUAAUCGUCCAGCUGAUUCAGCAGAAGAAAGAGCAAAAAAUAUUUUUGCAAAAAUGGACGAAAAUAACGAUGGUCAAUUAACCCAAGAUGAGUUCUUAAAAGGAUGCUUGCAAGAUGAGGAGUUGUCAAAAAUGUUGGCACCAUAAACAAUUAUAUCCUACAAUAUGUGUGUAUUUGAUGAAAUCAGUAAUGAAAUGUAUAAAUAUUUAAUUUAUAUUUCUUAUACUAAAAUUAAACUACUAUAAAACUAUGAAAUCAUUAAACUAUUUUGAGUGUGCGUCAUUAAAAAUUAUUCAAUAUUUUUAGUUUUAACAUGUAUGCCCUUAAUUUCCCAGAAAAUAUUACUUUUACUUACAUUACAUUAUUUGACAUAUUGACAAUCAUAUUUGAAAAGAAGCGGAAUAUUUAUACAAGCGUUUUUUGUAAGCUUUUAAAUGACAAAAAGCAAACGACUCAACAAAUUGCUGAAUGUUCCUAGCAUUAGGGAUUUGUAUCCAGUAAAAACUUAAAUAGUUUUUUGUUUUAGCCAAAGUAGAAGGUAGAAACUGACCUAUAUCGAC